CAGCAGCAGCAGCAGCAGCAGCAGCAGCAGCAGCAGCAGCAGCAGCAGCAGCAGCAGCAGCAGCAGCAGCAGCAGCAGCAGCAGCAGCAGCAGCAGCAGCAGCAGCAGCAGCAGCAGCAGCAGCAGCAGCAGCAGCAGCAGCAGCAGCAGCAGCAGCAGCAGCAGCAGCAGCAGCAGCAGCAGCAGCAGCAGCAGCAGCAGCAGCAGCAGCAGCAGCAGCAGCAGCAGCAGCAGCAGCAGCAGCAGCAGCAGCAGCAGCAGCAGCAGCAGCAGCAGCAGCAGCAGCAGCAGCAGCAGCAGCAGCAGCAGCAGCAGCAGCAGCAGCAGCAGCAGCAGCAG